ACGUCGACGUUGCACCGAUAUGCGUGAUCGUUUCUCGAUGCGUCGUCACGUCGCCGAAAAGUAUUACGAUUGCUUGCAAUGCGCCGAACAGUGUCGUCACGUGGACAACAGCAACCCCAGCGGCAGCGGGAACAACAAUAAUAAUUACAGUAACAACAAUAACGGCAAAAACGACGGCGAGGCCGUCGCCGUCAGUCAUCGGAUUCGCGGUAAUUAUCAUCUACCGGCCUCGAGUGCGGAGUUGUAUCUCGACGAGGAGGCACCGAUGUCUCCCGACGAACUCAGGAGAAUUCGGAGCACGAGAGGCAGUCUGAGCAAAUCCUUGAUGAGGCAUCAGUCCGCGCACCUGACGCCAGUCAAGAAAAGAUCCUCCCUGGCACGACCGGUUCGCGUUCACGACUCCUUCGUGCAGCCGAGACGACCGAUGGCCGAGGAGGACGGUUAUCAGGAGCCGCAACGCGAUCAGCAGACGUGCAAGAACCCGUGGUGGUGGGAGCACCGGGAUCAGCAGGAGCCUAACACGUCGAGCUACACCUAUCAUCGCGACACCGAGGACGGUAACGCCGGUUGGCCUAUUCGCCUGCGGCUCGAGCAGAUGCUAGAACUGACGUUGCCGCAGACCAAGCGUAAGAAGAAGAAGAAGAAAAAAACGGCGUCGGCGACGAUGAUGCUGAUGAAACAGCAGCAGCGCGGCAGGCACGGCUUCAAGGAUACUGAGAAGCUCCUCAAGGUACUCAGCAUCAACAAUGUGGACCAAGAUAAUAGGUACAACGUCAAACGAUGUUCCGUCAUGUAGAGAUUAGCGUAAAUAAGAGAAAGAGAAAAAAAAAUGAAAAGAAACAAAAAAAACAGCGUGUAACAAACUUCUUAAGGAAACACCGUAGGACUCUGAUACGCUCGUAUCUGGAAUCCUGCUUUCGGGCGUUACUCGCGGCCGGGUAGAGCCGCAAAGAUCGAAGCUUCGAGUCUGUUUUGAUAUACUUAAUAAUUUUCGGUAAGUUUUAUUUUAUUUAAAUUCUUUGUUUCAGUUAUAGAAUGUGAGGAAGGACAAACGGGAAGUCGCGGCGCGACGAAAAAAUCUCCCGUGUGCAUUUAUCUUCGUCUUUUAUUUAUCUAUUAGAUUUCAGUUUUGCUUAUAUAUGAAAAUUGUCUGUCAGUUUUAUUCGUAUUGUUUACAUUAACGGACGCUUUCAGCACAAUGUUUAUUUUGUAACUGUUGAAACUGUUGUUUUCGUGGUGCUAAUUGGAUUGUACUUUCAGAGAAAUAGCCCUAUCUCGGCGAAGAAACCUUCAACUCCAACAGUUGCAAAUUAAAUGUUCUGCUAAAAGCGAUUAAUUUGUAUAUUUUGGGUAGUAAGUCAUUUUUGUAGUAACUGUGUUA